UAGAUUCACCUCUGCAACCUUGUGUAUGGCCUCACAUGUGCAAGUUUUCUCCCCUCACACCCUUCAAUCAAGUGCCUUCUGUAGUGUGAAGAAAUUGAAAGUAGAGCCGAGUUCCAACUGGGACAUGACUGGGUACGGCUCCCACAGCAAAGUGUAUAGCCAGAGCAAGAACGUGCCACCUCCUCAGCCAGCCACCACAACCGUCAGCACCUCCUUGCCCAUCCCGAACCCAAGCCUACCUUACGAGCAGACCAUCAUCUUCCCAGGAAGCACCGGGCACAUAGUGGUCACAUCAGCAAGCAGCACUUCUGUCACUGGGCAAGUCCUCGGCGGACCACAUAACCUAAUGCGUCGAAGCACUGUGAGCCUCCUUGACACCUACCAAAAAUGCGGACUCAAGCGUAAGAGUGAGGAGAUUGAGAACACAAGCAGCGUGCAGAUCAUCGAAGAGCAUCCACCCAUGAUUCAGAAUAAUGCCAGCGGGGCCACUGUAGCCACUGCCACCACUUCGACUGCCACCUCCAAAAACAGUGGCUCCAACAGUGAAGGCGACUAUCAGCUGGUCCAGCAUGAGGUGCUGUGCUCCAUGACCAACACGUACGAAGUUUUAGAGUUCCUGGGCCGAGGGACGUUUGGGCAAGUGGUCAAGUGCUGGAAACGGGGCACCAAUGAAAUCGUGGCCAUCAAGAUCCUGAAGAACCACCCGUCCUAUGCCCGGCAAGGUCAGAUCGAAGUGAGCAUCCUGGCCCGCCUGAGCACAGAGAGCGCUGACGACUACAACUUUGUCCGGGCCUACGAGUGCUUCCAGCACAAGAAUCACACGUGCUUGGUCUUUGAGAUGCUAGAGCAGAACCUCUAUGACUUUCUGAAGCAGAACAAGUUUAGCCCCUUGCCCCUCAAGUACAUUCGCCCAGUCCUCCAGCAGGUGGCCACAGCCCUGAUGAAGCUCAAGAGCCUGGGUCUUAUCCAUGCAGACCUCAAACCGGAAAACAUCAUGCUGGUGGAUCCGUCCAGACAGCCAUACCGAGUGAAGGUCAUCGACUUUGGGUCAGCCAGUCACGUGUCCAAGGCCGUGUGUUCCACCUACUUGCAGUCCAGAUACUACAGGGCCCCUGAGAUCAUCCUUGGUUUGCCAUUCUGUGAGGCGAUUGACAUGUGGUCCCUGGGCUGCGUCAUCGCGGAGCUGUUCCUGGGCUGGCCGCUCUACCCAGGUGCCUCAGAGUACGACCAGCCAGGAAGUAAUUCCCAUUACCAACCGGCUUUUGCCUCUCUUCACCAGACACCAGAUGACCAUGAAGCAGAGACGGGGAUUAAGUCAAAAGAAGCAAGAAAGUACAUUUUCAACUGUUUAGAUGACAUGGCCCAGGUGAACAUGACCACAGACUUGGAAGGGAGUGACAUGCUGGUGGAAAAGGCAGACCGGCGGGAGUUCAUCGACCUGUUGAAGAAGAUGCUGACCAUCGAUGCUGAUAAGAGAAUCACUCCAAUCGAAACCCUGAACCACCCCUUUGUCACCAUGACACACUUACUCGACUUUCCCCAUAGCACACACGUCAAAUCAUGUUUCCAGAACAUGGAGAUUUGCAAGCGUCGGGUGAAUAUGUAUGACACCGUGAACCAGAGCAAAACCCCUUUCAUCACUCACGUGGCCCCCAGCACAUCCACCAACCUGACCAUGACCUUCAACAACCAGCUGAACACUGUCCACAACCAGGCUCCCACCUCCACCAGUGCCACUAUUUCCUUAGCCAAUCCCGAGGUCUCCAUACUAAACUACCAAUCUGCACUCUACCAGCCCUCAGCGGCAUCCAUGGCUGCGGUGGCCCAGCGGAGCAUGCCCCUGCAGGCGGGAACAGCCCAGAUUUGUGCCCGGCCAGACCCCUUCCAGCAAGCUCUCAUCGUGUGUCCUCCCGGCUUCCAAGGGCUGCAGGCCUCUCCCUCGAAGCAUGCUGGCUAUUCCGUGCGAAUGGAAAAUGCUGUUCCCAUCGUCACUCAAGCCCCAGGAGCUCAGCCUCUUCAGAUCCAACCAGGUCUGCUUGCCCAGCAGGCCUGGCCCAGUGGGACCCAGCAGAUCCUGCUUCCCCCGGCGUGGCAGCAGCUGACUGGAGUGGCCACCCACACAUCAGUGCAGCAUGCGACUGUGAUUCCGGAGACCAUGGCAGGCACCCAGCAGUUGGCCGACUGGAGGAACACGCAUGCUCACGGCAGCCAUUACAAUCCCAUCAUGCAGCAGCCCGCGCUCUUGACUGGUCACGUGACCCUCCCAGCAGCCCAGCCCUUAAAUGUGGGCGUGGCCCACGUGAUGCGGCAGCAGCCAACCAGCACCACCUCCUCCCGGAAGAGCAAGCAGCACCAGUCCUCUGCGAGAAACGUCUCCACCUGUGAGGUGUCCUCCUCGCAGGCCCUCAGCUCCCCUCAGCGGUCCAAGCGGGUCAAGGAGAACACGCCGCCCCGCUGCGCCCUGGUGCACAGCAGCCCGGCCUGCAGCUCCUCUGUCACAUGCGGCUGGGGCGACGGCGCCUCCAGCACCACCAGGGAGAGGCAGCGGCAGACCAUUGUCAUUCCAGACACCCCCAGCCCCACAGUCAGCGUCAUCACCAUCAGCAGCGACACGGACGAGGAGGAGGAACAGAAGCACGCUCCCACCAGCACUGUCUCCAAGCAGAGGAAAAACGUCAUCAGCUGUGUCACGGUCCACGACUCUCCGUACUCCGACUCCUCCAGCAACACCAGCCCCUACUCCGUGCAGCACCGCACCGGGCACAACACCAACGCCUUCGACACCAAGGGGAGCCUGGAGAGCCACUGCACUGGGAACCCCCGGACCAUCAUCGUGCCCCCCCUGAAGACCCAGGCCAGCGACGUGCUGGUGGAAUGUGACAGCCUGGUGCCAGUCAACACCAGUCACCACUCGUCCUCCUACAAGUCCAAGUCCUCCAGCAACGUGACCUCCACCAGCGGCCACUCUUCAGGGAGCUCGUCGGGAGCCGUCGCCUUCCGGCAGCAGCGGCCGGGGCCACAUUUCCAGCAGCAGCAGCCGCUCAACCUCAGCCAGGUAAGCCCGGCGCUUCUCACUGCCCCUCCGGUGGGGGCAGGAGGUGCCCUGACCGACCACUGGUGUUUGCUUCCCUCCGAGGGUCACCCUUGGGGAAGUGGGUGCCACUGGUUCAGGGAGAGCUGGCCGGAAGCCGGGCAACCCGUGUACCACACCGUGCAGCACACUGCCUACCCGGCCAGCAUCGUCCACCAGGUCCCCGUGAGCAUGGGCCCCCGGGUCCUGCCCUCGCCCACCAUCCACCCGAGUCAGUAUCCAGCCCAGUUUGCCCACCAGACCUACAUCAGCGCCUCUCCAGCCUCCACCGUCUACACUGGAUACCCACUGAGCCCCGCCAAGGUCAACCAGUACCCGUACAUAUAGACACCGGGAGGGGGCACGGGCGAGGGCGGGAGCUGGGCGUCUGGCACUGAAGACGCCGCACAGCAGCAGUACAAGGGGCGGGGCGGGGACACUGCUGACACUUGAACUAGGAAGUGGGAGGACUGAGCAGAGAAGAGAACAUUUUUAAAAAGAAGGGAUUCAGGAGGGGAUCUAUGCUUUUUAUUUUAAAAAGAAAAAGAAAAAAAAGAAAACGUCGGUAACAAAAACACAGCUCAUGAACCCAUUUUGCACCAAACUGGAAAGGAGAAGAGAGAGCGAUGGAAGAUUCCGGAAGGGGGGCCAGUUUCUGAAGAACUUUACCUAUGAACUUUUCAGAGGUUAUUUUCAUAUGGCAGCAAGUGACAUUGAAGAAUUUGCUGUCAGGGACACCUGAUAUGGAAAUCCAGUAGGUUUUUCAUGGUUGAACAUGAGAAUUAGGGAUUUUUCCAGAACUCUAAAGGGUCAACAGCCCUAGAGGUCAGGCCGCUGUGGCCUGAUGUGGGGGGUUGGGCUGUUCAGGCUCCUUGGGGGAAGCGGGUGGCCAGACCCAGGAAGCCCUCCCCCGAGGGCAUGUGCUCUCUUUCCGAGCACUCUGGAUAAAUCCCUAAGAAAGUUACUCCUCAAAUGUCAUUCAUAAUGUUUGUUCCAAACUUUAGCUUUUUCUUUCUGAAGAUUUAUUAUCUCUUUGAAUCAGUCCCUAGUCGCAUAGCAGGGCUGGCGGGCGUUGCCGACACCCGGUGGAAUGUAGCAUUCUGCACCCGUUUCUCUUUGUGUUCAACCCCGUGAUACCAGUGGACUAUCCUCAGUGUAGCUGCACACAGCAGUGAUAGGCACAGGCAUGUAACCAAUGUGGCGGCCCAGGCGUGAACGCGAGCGCCUGUGCGUCCUGGGCGCGGCCAGGCUCCCUCCUGACUUGACAUCAUUCCCUCCUAGUGCCUUACGGAACCAGAGCGCGAGGGUUUCCUUCCACGGUCCUCCAAGCAGCUGGCGGGCGAGUCGGAGCAUCUCGGCACUUCUGUGCUGUUGAAACAUUUUACUCUGGUCUUUCCUCUUCUUGUUUUUAAAUUUUAAUUUAAUCUAAUUUUAGUACCUGUUGUCUGUCUAUGGCUGUUCGCUGGCAGAGGGGUGUCAGGGAGCUGGCAAGGCCGAGAGCCCCCGAUGUUGAGAUGUGGGGUGGAUGGUGGGGGUGGACCUGGUGGGCGUGAUGUUUUAGAUGACUUUAUUUGGACAGAGCAGGAGCGACUCCCCACUCCUUGCAGCCCCCCUCCCCUCCACCCCCCUACACCCCUGUUUUACCUGUAUGGCUGCUCUGCCAUUUGUGGGGCCAGAGGUCCCUCUGUGUUGCAGGAACGCUGGCCUUGCAAGUGGCUGACUCCUUCCUGGUGUGGAAAGGACAGAGGAGAGGAGGCCUCCAGCCGCCUGCCACCUCCAGGCCGGCACACUUCCUGCCGCCUCUGGGGGCUGGAGCGCAGGCCUGGUCCCCAGCGGGGUGCUCUCGCCUCCCCCCAGGCCUCCCUGUCGCACCGCCCCUCUCCUCUGGACCCUUCCCUCUGCAGACAACCACCAGCCUGUGCUCACUGCGGUCUCUCCCUCAUUACCUGGGCCUGCCCACGGCACCACUUGGUUUUGGUUUUUGAGGGUCUGGUGGGCAGAAGGCAGGGGGACAUUUAUGGGGGUGACCAGGAGGCCUUCGGCCACCCCUUGGAGGCCCCUCCUGCCGCCAGUUAGGUUUCCAAAGAAAUUGUCCUUUGCCCUCUUUGCACCUUUGAUACAUUCUGGACAUUUCUCAGGCUUGAACUGCUGGAGGCAGGUGGGGUCUCUGUUCACAGCAACUCACAUUCAUGAAGGUUAGGGGACUGUGUGGUCAUAGUGAGGUUUUAAAGGAAGGCCCUAAACGUCGGCUCUCCACGCUGAGUCCUUAACUGAGCCCAACGCCGCGUUCCCAAGGUGCAGAGAGGCCGCUCCGUCCUCGUCCUCGUCCCCCUCCCUCCCUCCCUCCCUCCCUCCCUCCUUCCUUCCCUCCAUGGUCUCCCUUAACGAUCUGCUGUGAAAGGUGUUUUUAUAGUGACAUCCGACCUAAUUCAGUGAGGAAGCCAAACCUUUACCUUAGCUCUUAGCUGUGAAAUGUGAACUAACUCUGGAAAUUUCCCCUCCCGACCACAAGUCCUACUUACCUUACAAAGAGAUCCCAUUUAUCCAGGCCUUAGGCCGGAAGGAAGGAAGGAAGGACACUAUGACUUUCGAGGGCGGACAGCCCCAGGGCCCAGCAGGAUCCAUAGUCUGUCUGAUGUGGGGAGUGCUUCCUUCUGAGACGACAGGAGACAACGACAGGAGACGGCCAGUCCGUGGGAGUAGUGGGGGCAGAGGGGUUGAAGUUGGAGGCCACGCCAGCCUGGAAGGCCCGAGUCCGGCAUGGAUGGCAUGGCAGCGGCGCCCCACCAGGUCUCAAGUCCAGUUACCCGUCCGGGCUGCGCGUGAGCCUCGCUGGCCUUACCGUAGCAUCCUGGGCCUCGCCCAGUGCGCGCCCAGCCCUCACGCCCUCUGACCUUUCCAGAAAAGACAACCAGCCUUCCGUUUGAAGCAGAUGACUGUCUACCACGUCGACUUUCACCUGACACUUUCCUUUUCUUCCAGACCAGGAAUGAAAGGUCCAUGCUGCUCAUAAAGAUAAUAUUAUUGUACUAAUUAUUUUGAUUAUUAUCAGUGUAAUUAUUAUCAUUAUCAUCGUGUGGAUAUUUUAGUUGGGGUUUGAAAUGCACACUUAUUCCAUG